AUGGAUCAUGAUAAGGAUAAGGAAAAACACUUUUUGUUACGCACAUCUCCUACACCUUCAGAAUUCUUCAGAAUUCUUCACUCUACCGCGGGUCAAGGUCCCACUCAAACACUGCCUCCUCCUUGGGGCACGCCACUUCAGGCUACCUGCCGGGCCUCCUUCUGCACAAACCGGCCGCCUCCAUCUCCAACCUUCACCUACGCCACCAUCUCCAAUCUUCACCUACGCCACCAUCUCCAACCUUCACCUACGCCACCAUCUCCAACCUUCACCUACGCCACCAUCUCCAAUCUUCACCUACGCCACCAUCUCCAAUCUUCACCUACGCCACCAUCUCCAACCUUCACCUACGCCACCAUCUCCAACCUUCACCUACGCCACCAUCUCCAACCUUCACCUACGCCACCAUCUCCAAUCUUCACCUACGCCACCAUCUCCAAUCUUCACCUACGCCACCAUCUCCAAUCUUCACCUACGCCACCAUCUCCAAUCUUCACCUACGCCACCAUCUCCAACCUUCACCUACGCCACCAUCUCCAAUCUUCACCUACGCCACCAUCUCCAAUCUUCACCUACGCCACCAUCUCCAAUCUUCACCUACGCCACCAUCUCCAAUCUUCACCUACGCCACCAUCUCCAAUCUUCACCUACGCCACCAUCUCCAAUAAAGUGUGUAACUAG